CGGGCGAGAACGGAACCUAAAAAACAACGAGGGCGGAAUCGAGAAUCCGAGAGCGACGUGCGCGGGACCGAGCCGGAGGGGCCGGGUUCGGCGCGGGCGGGGACGAGAAGCAGCGUUCGUCCGGGCACGCGGAGACGCCGCCGGCGCGGGCGGGCGGGCGCGGCCUUUGUCUCCUCCUCCGGGGCGCUCCGGAGCGGCGCCGGCCCCAUGUGCCCGCGGACCCCCGGCGCCCCGGCAGGCUGCGGCCGCUGACCUGCCCUGCCCUGCGCCGCCCGCGCCAUGGCCGAAGCUACUACCCCUGGCCCCGGGGGGACGUCCCUGGAGGGCGAGCGCGGCAAGAGGCCCCCGCCAGAGGGCGAGCCUGCAGCCCCGGCGGCCGGAGUUCUGGACAAGCUUUUCGGGAAGCGGCUGUUGCAAGCGGGGCGGUACCUGGUGUCCCAUAAGGCGUGGAUGAAGACGGUGCCCACGGAGAACUGCGACGUGCUGAUGACCUUCCCAGAUACAACGGAUGACCACACGCUGCUGUGGCUGCUGAACCACAUCCGCGUGGGCAUCCCUGAGCUCAUCGUGCAGGUCCGCCACCACCGGCACACGCGUGCCUAUGCCUUCUUCGUCACAGCCACGUACGAGAGCCUACUCCGAGGCGCCGACGAGCUGGGUCUGCGCAAAGCAGUGAAGGCGGAGUUCGGCGGGGGCACCCGAGGCUUCUCCUGCGAGGAGGACUUCAUCUACGAGAAUGUGGAGAGUGAGCUCCGCUUCUUCACCUCCCAGGAGCGGCAGAGCAUCAUCCGCUUCUGGCUGCAGAACCUGCGAGCCAAGCAGGGCGAGGCUCUGCACAACGUGCGCUUCCUGGAGGACCAGCCAAUCAUCCCUGAGCUGGCGGCCCGCGGGAUCAUCCAGCAAGUGUUCCCAGUCCACGAGCAACGCAUCCUGAACCGCCUCAUGAAGUCGUGGGUGCAGGCUGUGUGUGAAAACCAGCCGCUAGAUGAGAUCUGCGACUAUUUUGGUGUGAAGAUCGCCAUGUACUUUGCCUGGCUGGGCUUCUACACGUCGGCGAUGGUGUACCCAGCCGUCUUCGGCUCCGUCCUGUACACGUUCACAGAAGCCGAUCAGACAAGCCAGGACGUGUCCUGCGUGGUCUUCGCCCUGUUCAACGUGGUCUGGUCCACGCUGUUCUUGGAGGAGUGGAAACGGAGGGGGGCAGAGCUGGCCUACAAGUGGGGGACCCUGGACUCGCCAGGGGAAGCCGUGGAGGAGCCGCGACCCCAGUUCAGGGGCGUGCGGCGCAUCAGCCCGGUGACGCGGGCCGAGGAGUUCUACUACCCGCCGUGGAAGCGGCUGCUCUUCCAGCUGUUUGUGAGUGUCCCCCUGUGCCUCGCCUGCCUGGCCUGCGUGUUCCUGCUCAUGCUUGGCUGUUUCCAGUUGCAGGAGCUGGUGCUGAGUGUGAAGGGGCUGCCCCGCCUCGCCCGGUUCCUGCCCAAGGUCAUGCUGGCCCUGCUGGUCAGCGUAAGUGCGGAGGGCUACAAGAAGCUCGCCAUAUGGCUCAACGACAUGGAGAAUUACCGGCUGGAGAGCGCCUACGAGAAGCACCUCAUUAUCAAGGUUGUUCUGUUCCAGUUCAUCAACUCCUACCUGAGCCUCUUCUACAUCGGCUUCUACCUCAAGGACAUGGAGCGCCUCAAAGAGCUCCUGCUCGUCCUGUCCCUGUCCCAGAGCCUCGAGCGGCAGCUUCGGGCGGUGCUGUUCCCGCUCGUGGCCCUGCAGUUCCACCUGCUCCUCCUCUCCCUCCGGGGCCUCCUGCACCUGGCCCGGGCCAAAAUGCUGGCCACGCUGCUGAUCACCCGCCAGUUCCUCCAGAACGUGCGCGAGGUCCUGCAGCCACACCUGUACCGGCGGCUGGGCCGAGGCGAGCUCAGCCUGCAGGCCGCUUGGGAGCUGGCCCAGGCCCUGCUGGGCCUGCUCAGCCUUCGGCGCCCUGCACCCUACCACCUCGAACCCCAGGCCAAAGAAGGCGGCGGCGGCAGUGGUGGCAGAGGGCGCCGCAGGUGUCUCAGUGGGGGCUGCGGGGCCCCAGAGGAGGAGGAGGAGGCCAUAGUGGAACGGAGGCCCACGGGGGAAGGUGGGGAGGGAGGGAAUGGAUUGAGAGGGGGCAAGGAGGAGGAGGAAGAGGAAGAGGAGGAGGAGGAGGAAGAGGAGGAAGACGAGGACGAGGAAGAAGGUGAGGAGGGCGACCUCCUGGACUGCGGGCUCCGUCUGAAGAAGGUCAGCUUUGCGGAGCGGGGGGUCAGGCGUCGCCGGCCAGGCCCCAGUCCCGAGGGCCUCCUGGAGGAGGGGAGCCCCACCAUGGUGGAGAAGGGGCUGGAGCCGGGCGUGUUCACGCUAGCCGAGGAGGAGGACGAGGCGGAGGGGGCGGCCGGCAGCCCCGAGCGGGAGCCCCCAGCCGUCCUGCUCCGCCGGGCUGGGGGUGAGGGCCGUGACCAGGGCCCGGACGGGGGCCCAGAGCUGGAGACGGGCUCUGGCAACUUGGCCCAGAAGCAGCAGCGGCGGCAGAACCGGUCCUCUUGGAUCGACCCGCCCAAGGAGGAGCACUCCCCGCAGCUCACCCAGGCUGAGCUCGAGAGCUGUAUGAAGAAGUACGAGGACACGUUCCAGGACUACCAGGAGAUGUUCGUGCAGUUCGGCUACGUCGUGCUCUUCUCGUCCGCCUUCCCCCUGGCUGCGCUGUGCGCCCUGGUCAACAACCUCAUUGAGAUCCGCAGCGAUGCCCUCAAGCUGUGCACGGGGCUGCAGCGGCCCUUUGGGCAGCGGGUGGAGAGCAUCGGCCAGUGGCAGAAGGUGAUGGAGGCCAUGGGCGUCCUGGCGAUCAUCGUCAACUGCUAUCUCAUCGGCCAGUGCGGGCAGCUGCAGCGCCUCUUCCCCUGGCUCAGCCCCGAGGCGGCCAUCGUGUCCGUGGUGGUGCUGGAGCACUUCGCUCUGCUUCUCAAGUACCUCAUCCACGUGGCCAUCCCUGACAUCCCGGGGUGGGUGGCCGAGGAGAUGGCCAAGCUCGAGUACCAGCGCCGGGAGGCCUUCAAGAGACACGAGCGCCAGGCCCAGCACCGGUACCAGCAGCAGCAGCGGAAGCGGAGGGAGGAGGAGGAGCGCCAGCGCCACACGGAGCACCACGCCCGGCGGGAGCGUGACGCCGGCAGCCGGGAGGAGAGCCGGGCCGAAGGCUCGGGGCUGGACCCCGCUGCCCCCGAGAAGGCCUCAGCCAAGGCCAAGGGCAGCGGGGUGGGUGGCCACGGCUCCGAGCGGCCCAAGCGCCCGGGGUCCUUGCUGGCACCCAACAAUGUCAUGAAGCUGAAGCAGAUCAUCCCGCUGCAGGGCAAGUUUCUGUCAUCGGGGGCCACGUCCUCAAUAGCGGGCGCUGGGCCCGGCCCCACCGCGCGGCCAGCCCCUGCCCAGUCACCCACAGGCAGCGACACCCGCCUGCCGGCCUUCCUCAAGUUCCUCAAGUCCCCGGAGACCCGGCGGGACCCCGAGCACAGCCACUCGCCGCCCAAGGCCUUCCACGCCAGCAAGCUCUUCCCCUUUGGCGGUGGAGCCCGGGCCGAGGCCGGGGCCAACGGGGUGGGCGGGCAGGGCCGGCUGGAAGGGACCCCUGGCGGCGGCAGUGGCGGUGGCGGUGGCCGGGCCCAGCGCUGUGGGUCAGCGGACGAGGCUGCAGCAGAGGAGCCAGAUGUCCUCCGGCCGGAAGAGGAAGGCUCAGGGACAGCGCUGGCCCCAGUGGGCACCGCGGCCCUUCGCACCCGCAGCAGCCGAAGCCCCGUGCCAUCAACGCCAGCGCUUCUGCCCAGGCCCCCGACACCGCCCGCCAGCUGUUGGCAGUGGGAUGGGCCUUGGGUCUGUGGGGGCGAAGGCACUGCCCCCCGCCAGGCCCCUGCCACCAGUGUGGAGUGCCCACCCUGUGCCCUGGUUGGGCCCCCGCCCGCUCCCCAGCCCCUGCCAGGGGACACCAGCUUCUACAGCCUCGCACCUCUGCCUCUGCCACCAUCCUCUGAGCCCCCCGAGCCCCCCUCAGCCUCUCCCAGCCCCCAGGCUGUGUGCUGGCCCAGUGGCUGGCAUUAGCCGGCCUGGCAGGGCGCCCUGCCUUCCUAUUCUCAUGCAAUAGCCCAGAAAACAUACUUUGGCUCCCAUGGGCUCCUCCUGGGGCAAGGGCCUCGCCCCCCUAUCUGCCGUUUUCCUUUUGACUAGGACGGGGGAAAUGAACCCCCCAACAACAGAAAACACACAGAGCAGGCAAUUAUUUAUUUGUUUUUAAUUUAUUUUGUCAUAUUUUUGUAAAACGGCAGAAAUGCAAUAAAAAGUAUAUUUCAACAGUGCCUGAGGACAGAGCAAUGGAAAUGGGGUUCACAGGGCCCAGGGGCUUGAGGUUGACACUGCCUCUUGGGGCCCCGUGAGCCUGAGGCGGUGUUCCUCCUAUCUUGUAACCUUGGUGCCGCCUCCUAAGAACUGGGUCUGGAGGCCACAGGAAAAACUCCCAGCUGUACCACCUCUGAGAUGGCCCAGAUUUGGAGCGGACUCCAGGCCACUGGGAGGAGCUAUUGAGCCUCAAGCCUGCUGAGUCUCCAGCCUCCCAAACAAAGGAGGAAACGACAAAGAGCUGAAAGAGCUCAGCUGUUUGGGUGCCAGGCCUGCAGGGUGACGGGUGAUGCUGUCCCCUUUAUCUGCUGCACUUCCUCGUACACCUACCUCCCAGGCUGCCGUUUGAGGAGCCAGGGGCAGCGGAAAGAACUUGGGGCGUGAAGUCGGGAGGCACCUUGCUCCCGAGUUGAAAUGUUCAGGGGAUGGUGCGUUUCAGAGAUCCCUGGACAGAGGAGUUGGGGAGUGGCUAGGAUGUCCCACUGCAGAAUGGCUGUUAGACCCAUCACUGGGACUUCCCUGUGUGGUCAGGGAUAGACGUGGUCUCUCUUCAAGCCUCCUUACGUCCGAAGUCUUAGAGCCUAAAGGGGCCCGACUCCAGAGCUGGGGGAGCCAGUGUGAGGAAGGGGUACUGUGGAGGGACAAGAAAGAGAAAUUGGGGUUCACUGGAGGCGGGAGAUCAGCCUGUGCGAAGGCACAGAGGUGUGGGAAGGCCGAGUUUGGUGUCUGAGGGAGCAUUGUAGGAGGGACCUAAAGGCAGGAGUGGGCAGCUAAGGAGUCCACACCCAAGAGAUCUGGGUGGAGAAUGGCUGUGGGACCCCCACUAUGGAUAGCAAGACACAAAGGGGAACCAGGGCCGAGGAGGAGGGUGCGGGUGCUGCCUGCUCCUGCUCUGCCCCAUCUCAGGCUUUGAAGCUAAUGUCCCGACAGCUUUUGUCACUAACAGCAAUGCCACCUGCCUGCCCAUGGUCAGACCAGCCCUUGGGACCAGGGUUCCUAGCGGGUCAGAGCGCUUCCAAGGACUCAGCCACCUCUGCACAGACCAUCAAGUUUGCAUUUCUGAGCACCUGCUUGUGACCUCAGGGACCCAACACUGAGCCCAUGGUAUGAACACCGCCCAGAACCAUGGAGCAAAACCCCCUGGCCCCAUGAUACCACUGAGCGGCCUACCCUGGAACCUGGUGCUGGACAGCCCAAGCCUGAGCCAUCUAUCCUCCAUGAGGAUAAUCUGGGGCACGCACCCCCUCCAGCUCCGUGGCCCAUCCCCUCACCGCCCUCUCAUACCACAGCCCCCACUCGGCCGGUGGAGGCAGAGCAGCCUUCCCCGGGGUCCCGGGCCCAGUGUUCAGGCCUCAAACCUGCCUGGAGCCUGAGCGCCCUAUGUUCCUCUGCACUCCGCGUGCCUCUUGGAGCCGGGGCUCACGAAACCAGGCCGCCUGGGCUUUCUCCAGUGCCACCCUGCUUGUCACACGUCCUGGUGAGGGAUCCACCACAGCUGUCCUUGGUGUGGACUGUCUUUGAGGGGUGUCCUGAUCCUCGGGGACACUUGGCAGGUAAAGCAGGAGGGUGGGUCCAGGCAGGUCUUGGCUCUGAGCAAGAAGGCCGCGGCAAGCCCACAAGAGGAUCCAGCUGGUCUUGGGGCCACUCCUGGCUCCUCUCGGUGAUGAUGGAACAACUCCCAGUGCCUCCAUCCUCUGAGGCUGAGGCACAUGGAGCAAAGACUCAACAUCGAGUAGGGAAGAUCCUUUUAUUGGGGUGGACACUGAGCACGCACCAGUCCAUGAUAAAAUGACUUAAGAGAAUGAUCCGAAAGGGUUGACUUCUUCCUGUGGCGUACUCUCAGCACAGGGUCCGGGCAUGGCAUCGAUCCCGGUGGGGCGGGCGUCAAGGCCAAGUCUUUGAGGCCGGACCAGGGGAUGGAAGCGGGGAGAGGGGCCCCACCCCUGUCACCCAGCUGCAGCAGGGCUUAUCUCUAGACACUCGAAGACACACUCUGGUUCUCCAGAGAAGGACUGGGGAGCAGGAGGAGGGGGUUUGGGGUGGGGUGGGGUGGAGUAAUGAAUAACAAUGUUUUUCAAGAAGCAUCUACCAACAUCACACUACUGGGUCUGACAUCCCCUUUAACCAUCGCUCGAUACAUUUUACAGCAUAAAUAAAGACUCAAGGAAAA